AGGACUGUGCACAGGAGUACAACACAACGUACGCCACUUCGCAGCAAAGGUUUCAAGCAGCAUGUUCGCUGAGUGUUCUACUAGGUGAUGAAAUUCUGCUGGCAGAUCCCACGCAACGGAUACUCUCGCUCUACCUUAUAUCAUGCAGCAGCCCGAAUGUGCGUGAAAGUGCAUUCCUACCGGUCAUAAUCCACUCUGCCACAUCAGCACACAAUCCUAUAGAGCGGAGGUUUGCAAAUGAGCUGGUGACCAAACCUGAGACAACACAAAGG